CCCGGACAUCACGAAGGCCAAUUGUGCGCCGCCCUAUGGGACUUCCAAUUACGGUCAGUUGUGAUACAGCCUGGAAAGCAGGCGGCUGCAAGUUGUAGCUGGUAAGGAGCAAGUGGAGAAAAUUGCAGCCGAUACUUCAUGACCUUUGAUCACAUGGUUGUUGCAAAGUUCAUGCAGCCGACAUGUAGGUGCAAAUCAGACAGUUUUUAUGCCCAUAAUGGCUGACUUUGAAAGGCAGUGACCAUCUUGACAAAAGUGAUAUGCUCGAACGAGCCCAUUGCUGGUAAGUUGAAACCACUCAAUAUCGCCAUCUGCCGGCCUUUGGGCUAAUAUGAAGUAUAGCCCAGUACAGGGGCCCCCACGCGAAUGGGUGGCCCAUUAUUUGGCCCCCCAAGUGUUUUUAUUGUUUGACAUAAUAGUCUAAAAAACAUAAGAAAAGCAGCUCCAAGAGAUUUUAAUUUAAGAARUCUGUUUGCAAGUAUUCCCACUCAUAAUGGAGAUAAACGUUGUCGUAUCAUGAUGUAAUCAAGGUUUGAAAUGAUUGUUUUAGUCAAACAUAUCUGUUUGGGCUUCUUGCGGUCAAUUUGCCGUCUACAAAUGUUCUUGUAAUUAUGUUCCGGCGCCCCGCCAAAUCCGCUCAAGAAAGAAUCGGCCCUCGGAUGCCUAGUACAUAUUGUAUUGAAACGCUUUGCACAGAAAGAGGGCGCCUGGGAGGCACCAAUAAAUACAGGAGCAGACUACAAAACAACAAAUUCUCAAAACACCCGCUAGUGUUCCCACUGUUCUGUGACUCCACUUCUCUAUCCGGCUGCGAUCGUUAGUUUUCGUCACGAAGCGGAGGAGGGAGUGUAGCCUAGUCAUACGGGCAAGUAGGUGGAGAAAAUAUAAUAAUCAACGAUAUUUACGAUAAGCGACAGCCAACACCGUGAGAAAGUGAAAGUGGCACCAGUUGGCAGUCCCAAAGACCGUCGUUUGAUCCGCUUUUCAUAGCUGUCAACUGUUAUUGAGUGAGGUCUCCUCCUAGUUGGUGACGGAUACAGUAGGCGACACGGGGAGACCAGUCUGUAUUGCCCUCGCCAGAUUUCAUAAGAUUAGAUUUCAAAAUAUUUGACGAGUGGUGUGGAGGCCAAGAUGUCAUCGAAGAUGCCAAGCUCUAACAACGUAACUCAGGCCAGAAGGACAGUACAACAGCUAAAGAUAGAGGCCAGUAUUGAGAGGAUAAAGGUAUCCAAGGCCUCAGCGGACCUCAUGCACUACUGUGGCGAACAUGCCAAGUACGACCCUCUGCUCAUGGGCAUCCCUGCCUCAGAGAACCCCUUCAAGGACAAAAAGCCUUGCGCUAUAUURUAAUGACCCCUUUAUGUAUCUGUUGGCUUUUUAAUGUUCCUGUAUGUCUUUUUUUUCUACUCAUCCACCCAUCAUGCCUUAAAGCCUAUAACCUUACCCUUUAAUGAAAAUGUUGUAUUUUAUCACUCACGUUGAACAUACUUACAGACAUAACAUACAGUGCAUUGAUACAGUACAUCGUUCAAAUAUACCUUGGGACACUGA